UGGCUUAUGUUAAAAGUGUUAACAGGCGGGUUAGUUUAAACGAAUCGACCAAUUAUAAGAUACAAAAGGACAUUAGUAAUGGAAGAAAAGUAGAUGCUAUCCGCCUAAUUAUCAGCAUUACGAUAUGGUUGCACCUUGUUUGUCUUGCAUUAAUAAGACGGCAAGAUUCGCAUGAGAUUCAUUGCGCUUGUUGGCUCAUGGCGUGGGUCCGGAACCUAUCACCAGAAAUGGAUGCUUCUCUUUGUAGCCGAUUUAUGUUUCUAUGGAUUUUUCCAUUGAUCAUCAAGGGUUUUCGAUCUACACUAACAAUGAAUGAUGUUUUUGAGCUGCCUAAUUUUCUUAAAACCGAAAAUAUUAUUAAAAUGUGCAAAAUCAGCCCAAAUUCAAUCUUCUUGUCAUUAUGUAUUUCUUCUUGGAAAGGAUUGUUUGUUCAAUUCAUUUUCGCAAUGAUUUGGACUUUCGUCUAUUCAAUUGCACCACCAUAUUUUCUUGAAAAAGUUUUGCUGUAUAUUCAGGGUUAUUCUGAUAUUAACGGAGAGACACGAACUAUUGGUUAUUUAUAUGUAUUCUUCUUAUUUGUUGGUACAGUGAUACCAGAUCUAUGCUUUCAACAAGCCUCAUAUAUUGGGCAACAGUUAUCUAUCAAAUAUAGGGCAGUCAUUAUUGAUAGAAUAUAUCAAACAACUAUGUUUCUAAAUGAUGAUGAAAAAAAUAAAGCGGGAAUGAUUACAGAUCUCAUGGAUUCUGAUGUGCAAAAAGUUUCGUCACUAGCCAGGAACUUUUUCUAUAAUCUCAUGGCUGCAACAGACAAGCGCGUGGGAUUAUUAGGCGAAUUGCUGCAAGCUAUUCGGGUUGUCAAACUUUAUGUUAUGGAAGAUUAUUUUCGCUGCAAAAUUAUGGAUGCUCGUGAUGAAGAAUUAAAGAAACUUAAUAAUUAUAUGAUUAAAAGAAUUUGCAUGAGGACAUCAUGGACAAUUCUAACGUUUCUGAUGAUGCUAUUAUCGUUUUUUUGGCACACCAAGAUUCUAGGAAAUACAAUGACUUCGAGUGUCGCGUUUACUGCACUUAUCUUGUUUAAAAAUUUGCGCCGUAUUCUUAAUGAGAUGCCAUCAAUUCUUGUCAGCAUCAUUCAAGCUCGCGUGUCAAUUUCACGAAUUAAAAAGUUUUUGAGAGAAUUUGAAAGUGACCGCAAAGUUUUUGAAAGCAACCGUAUAAAUUUUGAUUAUGGCAAUGAUAUUAGAUUUGAGAAUGCCACUUUAGAAUGGUCGAACAAUGAUAGUCAUAUGACUAAUGGCUUAAAUAAAUUCAUUUGGACGAAUUUGAAUGUCUGUUUUCGUUAUGGGAAGUUAUCACUUAUUUAUGGUCCUACGGGAUGUGGAAAAACUGGGUUGUUAAAAGCGUUGUUAGGAGAAAUUAAAUGCAUCGAUGGCAAUUUGUUCUCUCCUAAGAUAGGUGAAGUUGCUUACGCUGCACAAACAGUGUGGCUUCAGAAUGGGACAAUUAGAGAAAAUAUCUUGUUUGGUCUUGAAUAUGAGGUUGGAAGGUUUUCUAAAGUUUUACGAAUGUGUGCUCUUGAAGAAGAGGUUUUAAAAUUUGGCGACAAAGAAAUCGGUGAAAAUGGAAUUGCGCUUAGUAGUGGUCAAAAGCAACGCAUCGCUUUGGCUCGAGCUAUUUAUUCCCAGCAUAAAGUCCUGAUUUUAGAUGAUUUUCUCUCCGCUGUCGAUUUACACAUUACAAAGUAUAUAUUUGAGCAAUGCUUAACGAGCGACUUGAUGAAAAAUAGGACAAGAAUUCUCGUGACACAUAAUAAAGACUUGUGCUAUGGUGCAGCUAUGGCGGUUUUUAUGAAAGAUGGCAAAAUAGAAAAAAUAGAAACAAUAGAUUAUCCAAUUAAUGAACUAUUAGGCCAUGAAUCUUUAGAAAUCGACUUUGAGAGUAAUUCUGCGAAUUCUAUUGAUAUAGAAUCAUCAAAUAUCGAAAAUGAUAUUAAAUUAAUCAAAGAAGAAACGAAAGCUGAAGGAAUGGUCAAAUUAAGUGUUUACAAAACUUAUAUAUUAACUUCUGAUUUUUGGAUUAAACAAUGGGCAGAUUCUUAUGACCUCUAUGAACCAACAUGUGAAAUUUGCUCUUAUUUGGGUGCUUCCUCUAAAUUGGCCGAUGACUUAAGUUUUAUCGUAGGAAAUAUUAUUUCGACAGAGACUUCGUCAAAUAAUUCUAGUUUAAACCAUCAUUCGAUGUCUUAUCGAUUUGACAAUGUUGAUUAUUAUCUAUGGGUCUAUACAUCUGCUGGAUUAUUUACCAUUUUGCUAGCAACAUGUAGAACAUAUUGUAUAUUCCAUGGCUCUUUAACAGCAUCCAAGGAAUUGCAUACUGCUAUGCUGAAUAAGAUUUUAUCUACAACAAUUAGAUUUUAUGAUACGACUCCAAUAGGAAGGAUCAUAAAUCGAUUUUCUAAAGAUCUGGAGAUAAUUGAUCAAAUCUUAUGUCUUAAUGUCAUGACUUUUAUCUAUUCAUGCAUGUCUGCUGCGGCUUUAGUGAUUUUUGCUGCAAUUGGUAUUAAUAUUGAAUUUAAAUUUUUAAUGGCUUGCAUUUUCAUUGCUACAUUGUACAUUAUAAUUGGCGCAUUAUAUAUUUACACUUCUCGAGACUUAAAACGUCUGGAAUCCGUUAGUAGAUCACCAAUUUACACAGCAUUUGACGAUACUAUUACAGGUAUAUCUACAAUUCGCGCAUUUGGGGCCGAAGAGAGGUUGAGGAAAAAAAUGUGGAGUCUUAUAGAUGAUAAUAAUCGACCAUGGAUGUUGAAUUGGGCAUGUAAUCAAUGGCUGCAUACUCAUGCCAGCGUAGCUGGUGGCUUGUUUGGUCUUGCUAUUGGAGCUAUUAUUAUUAAUGACCUUUCAGCAGAUACGAGUUCAGGAUUAGCCGGUUUAAUCCUUGUAAAUACUGUGGGCUUUAGUAGAAAUGUUAUUGAUACUAUUAUUGCGUAUACAGUUAUGGAAAUGAAUAUGAAUGCUGUUGAAAGAGUUCAUGACUAUUUAAUUCUAGAAGAAGAGCAGAAAAUAAGCGAAAAUCCUGGUUUACUUCCGGAAGAAUGGCCUGCAAAUGGCGAGAUUGAGGUUAUUAAUAUCGAGGCAAGGUAUUCAUCUAAUGAUCCUCCUGUAUUAAAAGGCAUUUCAUUUCACGUAUAUCCAAGACAGAAGAUUGGAAUCAUUGGUAGAACUGGAUCUGGAAAAUCUACACUACUUGAAUCUUUCAUGAGACUUCUAAAAUCAACAUCUGGCCAAAUAAUUAUCGAUGGGGUUGAUAUUUCAACGGUUAAUUUGUUCGAUUUAAGAAACAGACUUACUAUAAUACCACAAAAUCCAAUAUUAUUCAGUGAUUCUUUGAGGGAUAAUCUAGAAGGUUAUCUCAAGAAACAUGAUGAACUCGAAUUUUUCGAUGCACUUAAAAGGGUCCAAAUAAAUGAGCCAAGUACUUAUAUUAGUCAAAGAAAUACCGACGAAAAUUUUAAAUUAUUUAUUCCCGAUACAGUUAUUGAUAAAGGUGGUAUGAAUUUAAAUUACGAUGCAAGAUGUAAAAUUGAAAAGAUGAUACGUGAAGAAUUUGAAGAUUCAACAUUGUUAUACAUUACACACCACUUAGAAACUAUUAUUGAGUUUGAUAAAAUCUUAGUAUUAGAAAAUGGAAAUAUUGCUGAAUUUGAUCGCCCAGAUAUUCUUUUAGAGACACCUAAUUCUAAAUUCAGAAAAAUGUGCGAGAAAAGUGGAGAUUUUGCAAAAUUAUAUGAAAAAGCCAAACUCAAUAACGACCAUAGCUCGGAUAAUACCUAG